AUGGGAGUGAGUGAGAGGGCUAGCUUGGCACCCAAGAGAAGACGCAACGUGGCUCGGCUUUCACUAUCCACUCAAUUUGUGUGGGGCCUCCACCAGUUCAGCUCCAAAAUAAUUGAAGUCUUCUCCACUAUUAUUCAUCUUAGUGGAUGCUUACUAAAAUUUUAUUGCAAAUUGAUAUUUUACUACGACGUGUUUAAAACUCUUCAUAUCAACGGUGAACUACAAGUUAUCUUUUUGGUAUUCUUAUAUAGGUCAAUUUCCAGGUCAAUUUCCAGUGAAUUAGUUAUGGACAAUCGAAAACGUAGAAGAUGGAUGAAUUGUGAUGCAUUGAGUCAAGAAUACCUUAUGGGAGUGAAUAGCUUUAUAGAAUUUGCAUUUAGAGAUACACAUAUUGAUGCCAAAGUUCCUUGUCCUUGCACAAAAUGUGUGAUUUUUCAUCAUAGAAAUCGGGCUGAAAUGUAUGAUCACUUAGUGAUAAAUGGCAUUAUGCCAGGAUAUGAUUCUUGGUUUUGUCACGGUGAACCAAUAGCUGCACAUUCUCCGCCUAGAGAUAUUCCAAUAAAUCAUGAAAUACAUAAUGGUCAUGGAAUGACGGAAAUGCUAAAUGAUGCAUUUGGGGUAUUAGGAGAAGAUGUAGACAUGGAUGGAGGAAAUUCAGUUGAGCCUAAUAUUGAUAGUUUUUGUCCAGAAGAUAACAUAGAGCAGCCCCAUUCGGAUGUGGAAAAUUUUAAAAGGUUAAUAGAAGAUGCUAGUAAGGAAUUAUACCCAGGGUGUAAAACUUUCAACAAGCUUUCCUUCAUUUUGCAUCUUUAUAAUCUAAAAUGCCGUUAUGGAGUAUCUAACGAGUUCAUGAGUGCCUUGAUUAAGUUGUUAAAGCUUGCCUUUCCGGAGGGUGAGACACUUCCAAAUUCUUUCAAUGAAACAAAGAAGAUCAUAAACACAUUAGGUCUUAAAUAUAUAAAUAUACAUGCUUGUCCUAAUGAUUGUCUUCUUUUUUGGAAAGAAUACUCUAAAGACGAUGUGUGUUCUAUUUGUGGGGCUUCACGUUGGAAAACUAGCGAACAUGACUCAAACAAUGUUGCAUCAAACUUCAGUACAACGAAAAAGAAGAAAAUACCAGUAAAAGUCUUAAAACAUUUUCCUUUAAAAUCUCGGCUUCAACGGUUGUUCAUGUCAUCCAAAACAUCGGAUUUGAUGAGAUGGCAUGAUAAAGAUCGCACUAAGGAUAAUGUCUUAAGGCAUCCAGCUGAUUCAGAGGCAUGGAAAAAUUUUGACUCUAGAUAUCCAGAAUUCGCUAAAGAUCCUCGAAAUGUGAGAAUGGGUUUAGCAAGUGAUGGAUUUAAUCCUUUUGGCUCUAUGCAAACUACGUACAGCACUUGGCCAGUUAUUUUAAUUCCUUAUAAUCUACCGCCUUGGUUGUGCAUGAAGCAAGAAUUCUUUAUGCUUUCUUUAUUAAUUCCUGGUCCACUUGGCCCUGGAAAUAAUAUUGAUGUCUACCUCCAACCCCUUAUACAAGAGUUGAAAGAACUAUGGGAGGUGGGAGCAGAAACAUAUGAUGCUUCUUCUAAAGAGUCCUUUCAAUUGCAUGCAUCAAUUUUAUGGACUAUCAAUGAUUUUCCUGCUUAUGGUUAUCUAUCUGGUUGGAACACAUCUAGUUGUUUUGCAUGUCCUUCUUGCAAUGUAGACACCUGUUCUAAGCGAUUAAAGUACGGUAAAAAAUUUUGUUUCAUGGGUCAUCGACGCUUCCUGAGUACGGGUCAUAGAUUUCGAUAUGAUGCAAAAUCAUUUGAUGGUACUAGAGAAUUUGGAGCUGUUCCUAAGGUACGUAGUGGGUUAGAAGUAUUGGAGCAAUUAAAAGAUAUAAAAUUUACUUAUGGGAAGAAGAAUAAGGAAGUUAGCGGGGUUAAAGAAAAAACAUGGAAAAAAAAGAGUAUCUUCUUUGAGUUGCCUUAUUGGAAAUUUAAUUUAAUUCGACAUAAUUUUGAUGUGAUGCAUGUAGAAAAAAAUGUUUGUGAUAAUGUGGUGAAUACACUUCUAAGUGUUGACAAGAAGUCUAAGGACGGGUUAAAUGCACGUCUUGAUUUGCGAGAUAUGGGUAUAAGAAAGGAGUUGUGGCCUGAACAACGAGGUUCUAGAAGGACUUAUUUGCCUCCAGCUUGUUACACAAUGACUCCUCAAGAAAAGAAGUACUUUUAUGAAGUUUUGGAGAAUGUUAAAUUUCCGGAUGGAUAUGCAUCUAACAUUUCAAGGUGUGUUCGUAAGCAGCGCAAAUUAUCAGGACUUAAAACCCAUGAUUGCCAUGUUUUAAUGCAACAACUCCUUCCUUUGGCAUUACGUGGAAAUUUGCCGAUCAAAGUAAGCUCAGUUUUGAUUGAUUUAUCAAAAUUUUUUCGAGGACUUUGUUCUAAGUCUCUUAAAAUUUAUGACCUUGAGAAACUAGAAGAAAAGGCUGUUCUUACACUUUGUAAAUUGGAAAAAGUUUUCCAGCCAUCAUUUUUCACAAUAAUGGUGCAUUCCAUUAUUCAUUUGGCAACUGAAGCUAGAAUUGCUGGGCCAGUGCACUACCGAUGGAUGUACCCGAUAGAGAGGUCAUUAGGAACUUUGAAAUCUGAUGUUCGAAAUAGAGCGCGACCAGAGGGUUCGAUAGCAGAGGCUUACAUUGCACGAGAGUGUUUAUCCUUUUGCUCUAGAUAUUUUGAAGAUGGAGAGGUUAAUAAGACCAUUGGAAAUAAUGAUGGAAUGAAUCAUGAAGUGGAGCCUAAAUCAGCUUUGUUUCCUAAUGUUGGACAGCCAUACGGAAGUGUUCAUGGCUUCAUGAUGGAUGAGAAAAUGUGGAUACAAGCACAUCGUUAUAUUGAGUGUGAAAAUGUAAAUGAUGGGCAGAUUACAGAUGACAUUAUAGCACUUUCUCGCGGCCCAAAUUAUAUUGCACAAAGGUUUAAAGCAUUCGAUGUAAAUACUGGAUAUAGAUUUCGAACAAAAGAAUAUGAAAUGGACAUGAGUACUCAAAAUAGCGGGGUAAUGGUAGUUGCAAAAACACAAAGCUAUGCAAGUGCUAGUGAUACAAGACCAGUAUUGGGUGAUCUUGCUUAUUAUGGUGUUUUAACUGAUAUUGUGGAGCUGAAUUAUUAUGAUGCAUUUAAGAUCACAUUAUUUCAAUGCAAUUGGGUUAAUGUGACUCAAGGUAGAGGAAAGAAACAAGAUGCUCUAGAAUUUACUCUUGUUAACUUCUCUCAAUUGAUACAUAAAGGUGACCUUUUAAGCGACGAGCCUUUCAUAUUUGCCUCUCAAGCUGAACAAGUUAUUUUUGUUCAAGAUCGUAGAGAUCAUGACUGGUUUAUUCCUAUUCCAAUAAAACCUAGAGACACAUUUGAUUUGGUAGAAGAAUCUUAUAAUGGAAACCUAUAUGCAGAUGCUGCGGAUCAAACAUCUACUAUUCAUAGCUUAGUAGAUCAGGUUGAAUCUGAAAAUGAUAAUUUUGAUUGGAUAAGAGAAGAUAUUGAUGGGAUUUUUAUCGAUGCUGUUUGUGACCAGCCUGAACCAACUAAUGAUGCUCCAAUUGAUGUUGAAGAUGAUACUAAUAGUGGAGGUGGACCUGCUUAG